UCCCCAGCAUCACACGAAGAAGGACUUCGAUAGCACAUGCUAAUACUCAGAAGGUAGAGGCAGGAUUGUGAGUUCAAGGCCAACCAAGUCUUCCUGUUUGGAGGGGUGGGGCGGAUAGAGAGAAGAAAAAGCCAAAAGAAAAUGGACACUUUCUAUUUUGAACACCUAAUACUCUUUAUUGAAAAAGGUAAUCCAUACUAAAGAGCUGGCAGUUUUGACCUGUCUUUGACCCUGUGCCAGUAUGAAGAAGAAAGGGCCUUUGUGUAUGAUUCUAGUCUUGCCAGCCGAGACCCUCGUCCUUGAAAUGUGCUCUGAGCUUGUGUGUGUGCAGAGGCCAGAGGACUUCUAGAUCUUUACGGAACAGAAUAUUUUCUGUGUCCUUCCCUGCUCUGCUCAUGCCUGCCACAGGAAUAGGACUUCCUAAUCAUUUGCUGAAAGAAUUAAAGAAUAAGCCAGACCUGAGAUAGACCAGUACCUCCAGUACUUCCAGUAAAUGAAAUAGAAGAGGACUCCAUAUAACCCUGUAUUAAGAGGAAUGGAGAUUGCCUCUGUCCACUUAGAUUCAUAAGCUGUCCCGAAGUGAUCUUGGCCUCAGGGAAGGGAGUGUUCAGGCACAUUUCACCAUCAGCAUCACGGGAUGGCAGCCAUUGACUUGUCCCAUGGCCUUCUUCCUAGAGAGCCUAUCUACGUCUACGAAGCAAACAUAGAGGUAGAAGGAACAGUGACUGACAACCAGGCAAACUGUUACCAGGAUUCAGUGACCUUCGAUGAUGUGGCUGUGGAGUUCACCCCGGAUGAGUGGACUUUACUGGACCUGACUCAGAAAAAUCUAUACCGAGAGGUGAUGCUGGAGAACUACGAGAACUUGACUUCAGUAGGAUGUCAGUUCUUCAUUCCUAGUCUGACUCCCUGGCUAAAACAAGAAGAGUUAGGGGUGGCAGAAAGUGCUCUCCCUCAGCAAUUGGAACUGCAGCCUACAAUUGACGACUCAGAGCUGGAGAAUUAUUUUAGGAUGCAAAGUUCCAGUGCAACAGAAAUGGUGGGCGAUUCAUCCCUUCAAGAGCAGUCAGGAAACCACAGUGAAGGGGACCUGCGUGACUCUAAGCCAUGUGGAAAUGUGUUGGGUGAACAAUUAUGCCUUAACACAGAGGUGAGCACGCAAAGUCAAGGCUACAGUUCUGAGUGUAACUGGUAUGGGAAAGACAUUCUUUCUUUGCUCAAGGAAACCUCUACUGGACAGAACGUUUCUGAGCUUAAUCAGUGUGGGAAACUCUUCAGUCUGACUCCAAACAUCAUGUACCCGAGCACUAGCACAAACGAGAAGCCCUUCGAGUGCACAGACUGUGAGACAGCCUUUUUCAAUCAGUCUUACUUUCAGCCAGAUAUGAGGCCUCACAAUGGAGGAGAGCCCUAUGACUGGAGUAAAUUCGGGAAUGGUUUCAUUCAUCCUACAAGCCUUGCUAUGCAUCUUCCAAUUCUCAAUGCAAGAAACCCCUACAAAUUUGAGGAAUGUGGAAAGGACUUUCAGUAUUUUGCAUGCCUUAAUAAUCCCAUGGGAAUGUGCACUGGAGAAAAAUUCUGUGACUGCAAGGAAUGUUGGAAAGCCUUCACGGUUUCCUCACACCUAACUCAGUAUGUAUCGAUUCACACUGAAGAAAAAUCCAAAGUGUGUAAGAUAUGUGGGAAGUCCUUUGCUAAUUAUUCUCGACUUUCUGCACAUGUAAAAACUCACAACGAAGAAAAGCCCUUUGUAUGUAAGGAGUGUGGAAAGGCCUUUAAAAAUAUGUCAUACCUUAAUGAUCACGUUAGGAUUCACACUGGAAUAAAGUCGUACAAAUGUAUGGAAUGUGGGAAGGCCUUCCUCCGAUGGUCAGGCCUUACUGAACACAUAAGAGUCCACACUGGGGAAAAGCCUUACGAAUGUAAGGAAUGUGGGAAGACCUUUUCUAGAUCUACUCAGCUCACUGAACACAUAAGAACACACACUGGAAUCAAACCUUAUGAAUGUAAGGAAUGUGGCAAAGCCUUCACUCAGUACUCGGGCCUCGCCACACAUGUACGAAUCCAUAGUGGAGAGAAGCCCUUUGCAUGUAAGGAAUGUGGGAAGGCCUUUACCAGGACCUCUGGCCUGAUUCAUCAUGUGAGAACUCACACAGGAGAGAAGCCUUUUGAAUGUGUUCAUUGUGGGAAAACCUUCAUUACUUCCUCCCAUCGCACUAAACACCUGAAAAUUCACAGUGGCGAGAAGCCCUUUGUGUGUAACAUAUGUGGGAAAGCGUUCAUAUAUUCCACAUCCCUGAACAUCCACAUGCGAACCCAUACGGGAGAGAAGCCCUAUAUAUGUAAACAGUGUGGGAAAGCCUUCGCUGUUUACUCACGACUAAGGAAACACAGCCGAGUUCACACUGAGGAGAAACCCUAUCAAUGUGAGGGUGUGGGUGUUGCUACUUAGCCCGUCUGUUGCCACCUUUGAGUAUUGACAGUGACACCAAAGAUCAUCAGAUUAGUCUUAACUGCUUCGUGUGGGUGACAGUGGCUCACACUGGCCUUGAGACACCAUCCUAAUUUUUAUGAACUAGGACAUUUAGGUGCCCCCUCAAACUUUUCUUUUGGGUAGUGCUGAGGAUUGACCUAGAACAUCACACACGCUAGGCAGGCACUCAAUCGCUGAGCUACCUUUUCCAGUUAUCCUGGAACCCUUUUUUCAUGGAUAUCUUGAGUCUGAGCACUGUGGGUCAUAAAUGAGGCCAGCAUACAAGGUGGCUUCAUUCUGAUGCUUGACUCUUCGUGAUCAUAACGUUUCUAAAUGCUAUGAAAUAAGACAGAUCUGACCCUUUUGUUGGUUAAUGGCUGCCACUGUGGCUUGUCAGUGUGAAAACUCACUGCAAGUCAAGAUAAUGCAGGACACAAUUAUCUUGUGGAAAGACUCUCCUAGGUAACUACUCUGACCCCAGUGAUUCUGAUGAGCACACCAAGAAAUAGUUCCUGAUUUUAAUAGGUAGUCUGUUUACAGACGUUAACCCUGUGAUCCUUUAUAAAACUCAGAAAGCCCAUUCUGUCCCAUCUUUUGGAUCCAUUUUGGACUGGAGUGACAGUAACUUUGUCCAUAUUCCUCAGUUGGUUGGGCUUGAUUGUCUGAGGGUUGAACUGAGGGUCUUGACGCUAGGCAAGUAUUCUGCCACCAAGCUGCAUUCUUAGCUGGCUUAGUCUCUUAGUGCAGACUUUUCAGUUACUGUACUGUGGAUAGGCUGGGUUUGUUAAGGUACAGUUCCCUUUUGUUUUAACAAUUCCUUAGCUUCAGUGUUCUCCCCUUUCAUAUCUUACUAAAAGCACUCAGGAGAAACCAAGUUGCUCCAAGUUUGAACACUUUAAUUACAGAUAAGUUUCCAGUUCUAUCGCUCUCAAGUUCUAACUUCCACACAAAAUGCUAGAAUACAGAUCUGCUUGGUUCAAGAUCACUACAUGGCACUGGUUGGUUUUUCUUCCUGUUCUAAUCACAUGUUCCUUCUUCCUAACUAAGGGAGUCCUUACCAGAAUAGCCUCUACCUGUCACUCAGCUUCAAGGCUACUUGCAUGUGUUUAACUGCUAUUUUUACAGCAGUGCCACAAAACACUAUAGCCAGUGCUGGCAAAAUGGCUCAGAAGGUAAAGGUGCUUGUGAGCAGGAACUGAGUUUGAUCCCAGGAACCCUCAUAGUCAGAGGAGAGCAGAGUGCUACACAGCCUCUGCUUCUAGACACAUACCACACCUGCACACGCUUGUACACACCGUACAGAUAACACACAACAGCAUAAACCAAGUUGCUUUAAAGUUCCCUCCUAAAGAAAUGAAAUUUUAGGUUAGCAUAGUAUUGGGUUUUAUUAUGGCGUUGUCAUAUCUAUAGACCAUUAUACUUCUCAUUAGCUUACCACUUUUGGAUAAAACCUUAGGGCUGCGGGUUCCGCUCGGUGGUGGUAGUGCUUGCCUGGCAUGUGAAUAGCUAGUUUUUAUCUCCAUCAGUGGACAGACCGUAUACAGCAAUCUAUUUUCUCACACAAGAAUAGCAGCAUGGGAGUUAGUGAGAGGAUGGUUCAGAGGGCGAAGCUCUUGCCCUGCAAACACAAGGACCAGAGUUCGUUUUCUCAGAACCCAGUUAAGUGCCAUGGAGGCCACCUGUAAUCCCAGAGCCUGGGAAGUUAGACGGGAAUCCUCAGGCGAUUGGGGAGUUAGGUUACUUGACUCUAUGAGCUCCGGGUUCAGCAACAGACCCUGCUUCAGUACACGAAACGGGAAGUGACUGGGGAAACCUGGCAUUACCUUCUGGAUUCUGCAUGCCACGUGCAGAUGCGGGAACACCAACAUGCACACGCACACACGUGAAAACAGGAACAGCAUGUUUGGCGGCUUGCGGAGUAGACUCUUCAUGGCAUGCAGUCGCUUUCACAUGACAGAGCCUGAAAAGGAGGUUUUUUUUUUAUCCUCUUCUGAUAAAAACCACAGCGUUGUGGGAUGAGGUUUCCCCUCAUUGUCCUGGACUAUCAGAUGAAAUUCUAAAGACCCGAUCUGAACGGUCAUGCCGAGGGUUAGAUUUAAUAUGAAUUUGAGAGGGUCAUAGAUUCUUUUGGGCCCCCAGACAGGUAAUCCUAUUUGUAGAUAAUGAAUUUUUUUUUCUAUUUUAGUUGUUUCCUUACAUAAAUUAGUAUGAUGUCCAGCACACUAGUGAAAGUAGUUAAAGCAUAUUUUUCUUUAGAAUUAUAAUGAGGUAUGCUUUCCAUUAUACUGAUUUGCUUAUUAGGAUAGAGGGUUGUUUUAAUAUCUGGAUUUUUACAUAAUGAUUUUAUAGUCUUUCUUUAUUUGUGAGGCAAAAUUCCCCUUGGAUUUAUUAAUUGCUUUCCCUGUAUCCUCUGAGAUGACCACACUCAUUUGCAUUCAAGUACCUAGGAUUUCAUUGUUUCAAAUAGUAAAUACUGGAAUGAUUAAAGGACUCUAAAAUAAAGGCAGUCAUUUUAUCAAUGAUUGUAUAUUAGUUGCCUGAUGUUAAUUUUAAGUUCUUAGAUGCCUUCAACUUGGCCAUUACGGUUCAUUUUUGUUCUGUGGGACUGCUGAGGAUGGAACCGACCCGGAUGAGGCAGCCCUCUGUCACCGAGCGGUCUGUAAUCUUGAGCCGAAUGGAUCGUUUCUACUACUUAACGUUGCUUAUGCUUACUCACAUGAAGAUUGUCAUAGAUAUUCUCAAGUAACGAUGGCAUACAAGUUUUCCUUAUAUGUAAGAAGAAAUGGCGCAGGGGUAGGAAGAGUGCGCCUGUUCAGAGUGCACAGGACUGUCUGUGGUCUCAGUCCUCAGCGCCACCAAAACAGCCAUGCUAAAACGAACUGACUGGCUCUUAGCUGUAGAUUAGAACCGUGUCAUUUACUGCCAUGAAUAUAUUCCUCUCCUUUCCCAAACUCUAAACCUGUUCAGUUAUCCUGAUCUAGAUUAAUUGAUACUGUUUUAGGUACCCAUUUUCUAUUACCAUAAACUGCACAGCAUCUUAUGUGUAUGGGACACCUAAGAUUUACAAUAUCAUUUAAAUUUUUUCGAGUAUAUUUUUCUAGGCAUGCUUUCAUUUUCACAUUUGAAAUUUAUUUUUUUUUCUUGUAUUCCUGAUGUUUCCUGGUUGUAUAAUUAAUUUACUUUGGGUCUGCCUUGCAUUCUGCAAUGAUUUCUUGUAAUUAAAUUGAGUUAAUCUUCAACCAGUAUUCUUUUGGAGAGUAUUUGUCUCAAACUACAGCAUGUUGCCUCACACUAAUCUUAGGGACUGGGAAGCCAAGGCAGGAGGGUCACAGAUUUAAGGGUAGCCCGAACCUGGGCUACCUUGUGGACACUGUCUUAAAAAGACAAACAUGAAAAAUAAGACAAGACAAAUGUUCCCAAAGGAGGAGUUGGGGCCUGGUAGAUAAUUUGGGAGGGAAAAAAUUUGUCUUGAAAUAUUUAAACUUUCCAAUAUAGUUUUUAUUCCGUUGACUCUGGCAGGUAUUGACAUGGCUAGAUAGUUUAAUUUUUGUAUCCUUGGUUAAAAAAAAUUUAGGGGUGGGGUGCUAGGAUUCAAACUGAGGGCUUUACACAUGCUAACCACUGACCUAUAACCCAGGUGUAGAUGUGUCUUUUAUAUAUACUUUAGUUAGAGUUUUAAAACUCUGAUUACUUGAAAGAUCCUGAUUAACAAUUCUUUUAGACCAUUAUGUAUAAUGCAAUUAGUAACAAAAUUGGAUUUUUAGCAACUUUUUUCUUCUGUAUUUGUUGCAUGUACCUUUUCUGUAAUGAUGUUUUUCACUGAAAUUUCACCCAGUGCUUGGAUUUGUGUAUUCCAUUUAUCUUUUAGUUGCUAUUCUAAACCAUUAAAUCCAGUUUUAAAAUAGAA